AUGAUCACUCUGCCACUUGUUUGCGACCAACCCUUUUGGGCUGCAACUAUCUAUAACGCAUGUCUUGGUCCAUCCCCACUUCAAGAGGCCACGCUCAACAGCGAAAAACUUGUCGAGGCGUUCCGCUAUUGUCUGCGGUCAGAUGUGAAACAAGUUGCUUCCAGGUUAGGCCUGAGAAUCCGGGGCGAGAACGGCACUAUAAAUGCUGUGAAAUCGUUUUAUCGCCAGUUGCAAUGGGAGAGAGUAAGAUGCAGUGAUGCUGGCACGGAUCCCAUAAUCUUUCGUAUGCAAUUGAAACCACCGAUCUGCAAUAAAAUUGAGACUAGUGGACCGAUCGACUUGGCAAAAGGAGGAGAAUCCUCUGUGACACUAGGCGAAAACAUAGUCUACAGAGCUCGGGAUAAAGAACCGGACUCGAUUGAUGGGAAGAUCAGCACUUCAUUGCUUGUCAACACAAAAGGCGUAUCCAAAAGUCUGAUCAAGGCCAUCAUCAAACCGACCGUCUCGCACAUUGCAGAUGCGCACAAAAAAUUCGAGGCUCAGAAUGAUUUACCGUUUCCGGCGUCUCAGAAUGUGGAGCAAUAUAGAAGUCGAAAGGAGAGUGCUAUGAAAGUAGCAAGGAAUGUGAGUUUUGGGUCGGCAGUUGCUUGUGGAAAGAUUGCGAUACUGCCAUUCAAGACUGUGUGGUAUAUGAGUGAAACAGCAUCAUACGGUGUACGAGCCCUUCAAGGCAGGGGUCGCCAAGACAAAAUUCAUGAACAAGACGAAGAAAAAGUGUUGGAUAACAAAGAUCCGUGGGGCUUCGAAGAAGGUAAAGUGGCACAGGAGCAAAAGGUGAAGAAUAUGUUUUUUGACCAUGCUUGUCUUAUCCCAGUGAUCGAUCCGGCUACUUUCGACAGAGACGAUGCUUAUACCCGGGCAAUCACGGCUUCGAGAAUGAUGCCUGCGCACGGCACUCAGAAUUCAAAUGUGCCUCGCAGUCAAGAUGGGGACGCCCCUGGCCCUGAAGAUUCUGCUUAA